AUGAAUGGCCUAACCGAAGUCCAAACCAAUUCCCAGUCGCAGCCGGAGGAGGCUUCAAGCAGCGCUGUCGUAACAGCUGCAGAUAUCCCAAAGAGCGACGCACCUCUGGCGAACAGGUACAAUGCGACCGUCUUUUCUACAGUGUCGUCAAACUCUUUCAUGUACGCCACCGUCACUGAGGCAUUCUUGUAUCCUCCGUCUGAUGGUGUGACGUUUGUGCUUGAGAAUGGGUCCGCGAUAGCGGCACCGACAGAUAUCAACCGAGCCCUACAUACGGUCGCUUAUUAUGCGAUGCCAGUUGUUGGUGAUGUGAUGCCGUCCUUUGGUUCUUUCGGAGAGCCAUCACCCGAAGCAAUAGAGACUCUGGAAGCGAUCCACAAUGAUGUGCAAAUUAAUCUGCAAAAGUAUCAAAGGCUAUCGAAUUACGCAUGUUUAUCUCAUUACUCCAACCCCUACGUACUGCGUCCAAAUGUGUUGCUUGUGUCGAAUGACUACGAAACAGCUUCAGAAUUCAACACAUCGCUUUUAGUAUGGCAGGCACAUUAUCCAAACAGCGCUACAAAUGCAGAACUUGAUCCGAUCGUGUGGAGCAAGGACUGGGCGAAUCUGUUCCAGCCUGUCUCAGCAUUGAAUGAGUCCAUUAUGGAUGAAUGGAAGUCCAAGGGUCACCGCGUUCAAUACUGCUUGCAAGUACCAGACGCGUCCGCAGCGAGCGCGUUUAGUGCUUGCCGGGUUCAAUGCGCACCUUGGGUACUUUUAGUCACAAGCAUCUUCAACUUUAUUAAAUGUAUUGGGGUCUUGUGGCUAUUAUAUGGUAGGCCACAGCACACCAUUUGCACACUGGGAGACGCCAUAGCCUCGUUCCUCGAAUACCCCGAUGCCAUCACCGAAAAGCUUGGUAUCGCAACAUCCAGUUCUCUUGCAAGAACAACUAAUGGCAGUCUCGCGCACGCCAGAGGGGGCCCGCAACUGUGGUUGCCAAAAGAUAUCAGGUGGUUCAAUGCCGGGAGCAAAGGCCGAUGGUGGUUCACGAUGACGACGUCGAUCAUUACCUUGGGCGCUGGACUUGUCAUCUUCGCAACAGCACUGUCUGUCGUCAAGCGAUACUACCAUAGUAUUGCCUGGGGCACUUUGUGGGACAUGGGAUGGGGCACGCCCAACUACAAGGAAUUGAUUGAAUGGAGCCAACCAACGACAGGAAAAAGCGGCCUAUUCGCGAACAUCAUGAUUGCCAACAUAUGGCAAGUGCUGGUAUCCCUUUGUUAUAUUGCUCAAAAUGCAUUACUUUCUUGCCAGCUCAUUGCAUAUGAAUGGACUGGCUUCGCAAGAGAAAGAAAGACAUUACGCGUGUCGCAUCCAGUAGGGAUUCAGCGUUCGACAUAUUUUGUCUCAAUACCGCUGCGCUACGGUAUGCCAAUUAUGGCUCUAUUCUCACUUGAGCAUUGGCUUCUCUCGCAGACAACAUUCGUCAUUCGUGUCAUGAGCUUUGACUUCACCAGAAUACCGUUCACAACUCUUGAUGGCUGGACGACCUCUGGCUUCAGCAUUAUACCGGCAAUAUUUGCGAUUAUUCUCCCAGCGUUGUUACUGAUAGCCCAAUCAGCAAAUGCAUUUUUUCGGAAAUACCCUGCUGCGUCAGCAAUGCCUUUGGUGUCCACCUGCAGCUUGGCCAUUAGUGCAAAUUGCCAUCGUCCUCGGGCUGAUACCGAAGCGCAUCUUCUACCGGUUCAAUGGGGAGUGAUUGAAGAGUGUGUAGAAGGAGUCCAGAAGUGCUCGUUCACGACAUUGCGGACUGUGAAAGCGCCAAUGCCCGGCGAACGGGUGCUUGCGCUAUCCGACGAGAAGUCUAGCAGUAGGUCUGAGCUAUGGUACUCGAGGGCGAAGGCAUUUAGCGCCAUCUUCAAGUCCCUCAUUGCGUUGUACCGAGCGCGAAAGUGA